AUGGCCGAAGUCUCCACUUAUGAUUACAUUAUUAUCGGAGGAGGCACAGCAGGACUUGUCCUGGCAAAUCGCCUCUCCGAGGAUCCUCGACUCUCUGUGGCUGUUGUCGAGGCAGGCGGAGAUGCCAGCGGGGAUCCAAGAAUCGCUAUUCCAGGUUUGUGGGCUAGGGCCCUCGAUUCAGAGUUAUUGCUUACUAGCCCGCAGGUGGAAUUAGGCGACAGAAUCAUUGGUCAUGCGAAAGGCAGAGUAUUGGGCGGAUCCACAAUUAGGAAACCAUUUCCAUACCUCCAGAAGGCAUUCACGCUUAGUCUUCCGGGCGAUGAAACCGCAUCGCAUCUUUCAACGCCUUGGGCAGAGGAUUUUGCAAGAAGUGCCACUGGGCCGGUUGAAGGUUCAUUUCCUAGAGUCAAGGAGGAUCUAAUUGGCAAAGCCUGGGUAGAGGCAAUCUGCACACUGAGAUAUCCGCUAAGCAACAGCCCCUUCGGAGGACACUCUAUCGGGCCGUACAAUGCCGCCUCUACAGUCGACCCGGCCACCAAAAAAAGGAGCUCCUCUACCACAGCCUACUACGUGCUGGCAUCUGGAAGACCGAACUUGAAAGACUUCUAUAAUUGCCUUGUAACGAAAAUUCUUCUCGACCAAGCUGACACCAGCACCGGAGAGUGGAUAGCAACGGGAGUGGAGUUCUCCGAGAAUGGCACCGAGAGAGCUUUGCGUACGAAUCUGGCGGUUGUUCUAUCUGCUGGGGCACUCAAUUCUCCGAAGCUACUUGCGCUGUCGGGCAUCGGAGAUCCAGAAGUUCUGCAGUCUCACCAAAUUGAGGUUAAGAUCGCAAACCCUUAUAUUGGCACUAAUCUCCAAGACCAUAUCCUUACUAGCAUUAGCUUCGAGGCUAAAGAAGGAGUGUUCACUGGGGAUGAUCUACUCCGUCAGGAUCCAACCGCAAUCGAGCUCGCCAUGAAUCUAUACCAAGCUCACAAAGCAGGCCCCUUUUGCUCCAGCGGCGUUUCCUCAUUUGCCUAUCUUCCAACUGUUGAGCUCGUCGAAGCACCACUUGAAAGGGACAUCAUUUUGGCGGAAUUAGCUAGAACAAGCACGAACCAUCCACUCGAUUCCACUCGAAUUCAAUUCGUCCAGAAACUUCUCCAGGGCGCUGACGAGGGCACUGGGCAGUAUUUCAUAUUUCUAGCGCAAUCGACAUCUGGAAAUUUUAUCACCCUCUUAGUCACCCUCUCGCACCCGCUCUCCACAGGGAGCGUGCACAUAUCCUCUGCAGAAGCAACCGCGGAACCCGCAAUUGAUCACCAAUAUCUCUCUAACCCGAUUGACAUGGAACUUCAUUCCAGGCACGUGCGCUAUCUUGGGACGAUCGCGGCUAGUGCCCCAAUGGCCUCACUUCUUAAACCUAACGGGCGACGACAACACGAAUCAGCAUUCCUGAAUGCUGAUCUGGACAAGGCGAAGGAGUUAGUUAAAGUCGGCUCUACCACAAAGUGGCACUCUGCCGGCCCCUGUGCCAUGGCACCUAGAGACAAGGGAGGGGUCGUGGAUGAGAAUCUCCAUGUUUAUGGGGCCAAAAACUUAAGGGUUGUAGAUGCAAGCGUAUUUCCACUAGUUCCGCAAAGGAACACAAGGAGCUUAGUCUAUGCUGUCGCAGAAAGAGCCAGCGAUAUUAUUAAGGAUGAAUUUGGAUAUAUAAAUAUGUAA